AUGUCGGUUGUCCAGCAGUUGCCGCUGCCGUCUAUCCACGACUGGGAUCCCUUCAUGAUGAGAUGGACAGUGGUGGAGAAUCCACCGGAGAAGAAGAUCAGAGAUGAGACAAAGGAGAUGUUGAAGGAGGCAGAUCUGUCCUCUCCUUGA